GUCAAGUGUCAAAUGUAGAUGUCAAUGUCAAUUGCAGUGGUUUCCAUCGGUGUUCAUGAAUUUUCCGACCAAAUUCACGAUUUUUCAACCAUCUCGUUCUAUUCUAGGACGAAUGAGUGAUAUGAGAUUCCUGAAAUUGUCCGCUAAUUUCCUGAAGUAAUGAGUUUUGUCAUAGAAUAACAAUGUCGUUUUGUUAAUAGUGCUAGGAAUAGAACAGAGAUUAGCCUACCCUUGUUCGGACCUUUUACCUCAAUAAUAUGAAAUGGCAGGGCCUGUGCGUGUUGUUCGCUGUUGUGGUCCAGAUAAUUCUGGGCCAGAAGAUCGGUGAUCCUUACAAGAUCCUCGGAGUUCACAGGAGAGCAGCAUUGCCCGAAAUUCGUAAAGCCUACAGACAACUAGCAAAGGAAUGGCAUCCAGAUAAAAAUGAGGAUCCAAAUGCUGAAUCCAGGUUUGUGGAGAUCAAGCAAGCAUAUGAGCUACUGACGGACACGGAGCGCAGGCAGGCUUACGACCUGUACGGCAUCACCAAUGAAGAUGAUCAUAUGUACAAGAAGAGACAUGACUACAGCCAGUAUGCUAGAUACAGUAACGACCCAUUUGAGUACUUCAGCACACACUUCAGAACACAAGAUCAAGAUAUAACAUUGUUCCACAAACUGUCAGUCACUGCCAGACAUUUUGAGAACAACAUCCUAGAGAAGAGCGUGCACACGCCAGCGCUGGUGCUGUUCUACACGGACUGGUGCUUCGACUGCGUGCGCGCGGCCGCGGCAUGGCGCCGCCUGGUGCAGGCGCUGCAGCCGCUGGGCGUCACGCUGGCCACCGUUCACGCGGGCCACGAGGCGGCCCUGGUGCGCCGCCUGGGCCUGCACGGCGUGCCCAGCCUCACGCUCGCGCUGGACAAGCAGGUGUACAUCUACAAGGAGGCGCUCUCGUCCGUGCCCAAGAUAUUAGAAUUCAUCCGUUGGAAGUUCCCCUACAAACUGGUCCGCAGCCUUACAGAUGCUAACGUGGACUCCUUCGUGAACGAUUUUGAAGACAAUAAGGUGAAGGCUCUGAUAUUCGAGGAGCGGCAGAGCAUCCGCCUGCGGUACCUCAUCACCGCCUUCCACUACCGGGACAGGGUGUCCUUCGCUUUCGUGGACAUAACGUCCUGGGACACGCAGAACACGAGCGCGCGGUACAAGGUGCAGCGCAGCAUGGACACCAUGGUGCUGCUGAAGGAGGACAGCGCGGAGCCGGCCGCCACCGUCAGCACCACCGAGAUACCCACGCAGACGCUGCGCCAGCUCAUCGAGGCCAACCAGAUGUUGACCUUGCCCCGCCUCUCUUCACAGAGUGUGCUAGACACGGUGUGCCCCAUAGAGUGGCGCGCCUCGCGGCGCCGGCUGUGCUGCGUGCUGAUCGCGCGCGACGCGCACACGCACGCGCACAGCCUGGCGCAGCUGCGCACGCUGGCGCGUCGCGCGCCCGAGCGCAUCCGGUACGCGUACGUGUACGCGCACGCGCAGCCCGACUUCGUGCACGCGCUCGCCAACGGCUCCGGUAUCGACAUGACAACAUUAGAACACCGUAUCGUAGUGAUAUGGCGUCGCGAGGCCGCCCGCAUACACUACGAGUGGCUCAACGAGACGUGGCCCACGUGCGUCAAGUGUCACCCCGACGAGCUGGAGGAGGGCGGCGCCAGGGGGGAGGAAGCCCUCCGCUACCACGAGCGGCUGAAUGAGACCAAGCGCGCGUUGGAACAGCUGGUGAAGAGAUUGCUCAGGCCAACUGAGAUCGUGGCUUACGAAACUAGAGUUCAGGAGUUAGUGGACGAGGCAGCGGCCGGGGCGGUGUGGCGCGCGGUGAGCCGACUGUGCGAGUGGAGCGAGCGCGCAUUCUCCGCUCUCCGCACGCACCACGCGCUCUCCGCUCUCUCCGUGUUGGGGACAGUCGCCCUCGUGCUCGCUGCGGGCUACUUCAUGGCGUACCUUAUUCGAGUGGAAGAGGAGUCCGUGCAGCGGCAGAAGGAGGAGAGGCGCCGACAAAAUGGCGCCAAGCGGAAUAACAACGAGACUCAGCCGGAGAUGCGGCUGCACGAAAUGCGCGCUGAGAAAUAUAAUGGAUUGGUUAGGUUGCAGAAGCCAGGUUGCAGGACCAUCGUGUUAUUGGUGGACAUGCAAAGUCGCGUGCAGCUAUUGUCUAAAUUCCAUAAAAUUGUCUGGCCAUACCGCAAAAACAAAACGCUAACGUUCGCGUACCUGUGCGUGGAGCGCAACGUGGAGUGGUUCCGGCGCGUGCUGCAGCUGUCGCUGGGCGGCGGCGAGCUGCGGGUCAACGCGCGCAACUGCGUGGGCACGGUGCUGGCGCUCAACCCGCACCGCAAGUACUUCUGCAUCUACCACGCCAAGCACCCCGAGUGCACCAAGCCGCACAAGCGCAUGAGCCGCAUGACGGUGUCGCUGGGCGGGCGCGCGGCGGACCCCGAGGCGGGCGCGUUCAUCGGCUUCACCACCGACCCCGACUCCUCCGACGAAGACCACUACGACCCGCCGCUACUCUUACAAGAGAACCUUCUAGACGGACUUGAGAAUUGGCUGGACCGGCUGUUCGAGGGCAGCACACACAGAUAUUACGUCAACUACUGGCCGGACAUGACAACGAAGUGAGUCCAUACACAAACUGUUUGGUUCUUUCAGUGCCUAUGGCUUUUGUGUUACACGUUUGGUUUUACAUACAAAUGUAUGAACAUUUGUCAGUACAAUCGUUUCAUUGUUUGAUGAGUUCCGAAUUAUUGGAAUUUUGUUUUAAUUGUUCUGGACUUAACUGUUUUGUUUUAAGUACUUUAGACCUAUCUUGAUCUUAAAAUGAGUCCUUCAACUUCUCUUGAGGAAGCUAUACAUAUAAAAAAAUAUUAUGUAGAGUGCUUAUUUGGGAUAAUUUGGCGACGAUGGAAACCUUAGCAGAUAUAUCAAACCUUUGGAACUUUUAGUUAUUUUUUGUGUUGACAAUUUUCGCAUAAUCAUGCAAAAAUAAUGGCAGCAGAUUUAGUCUAAAUAAGUUAAUUCAAAUAUACGCAAGACAGUUAUAUCAUAUGGACCCUUUUUGUCCAUAGUAUCUCAGAUAAACAAAACAUUGUAUAGAGUUUAGCCACAGUUAUAUUUGAAAUUUAAAGACGCAAUAGCCAAAUAUAGUCAGAUAUGUAUUUUAUGUUCAUUUGGUAAACUUUGUAUAAAAUAUUUUAGGGGUCACUGCUGGCGUAUAGUUCUAUACUAACUGUUUUAAAGGAAAGACUUUGAGUUACCCCAAUUCCAAAUGAAUACUUUAUAAAUAUUUCUUCAACAAUAAAUAAAUGAGUGAAUGUAUCAAGUUUUUAAAUGUAAUGUAAUUAUAUUUUACCAUAUUCACACAACCAGCAACCUCACACACACACACACACACACACAGAAUACAAUGAAAAAUUUGCUAGAAUGACGAUUUUAGCAGAAAAUUCUUUUAUCAUAUCCAUUUUAAAGUUAAUGCCACAGGACACUCAUCAUCCCUCUUUUACUUCAAGAAUUACUUAAUCCCGGUUUCAAAAGUACUUGGAAACUAAUUAAAAUACAAUUUUGAAUUGGCUUUUAUUAACCAUUUCAAUAAUUAAUUGAUAAAUACAAUAUACAUGUAAGAAGUACUUAUUAAUUUGCGCGGUUGUGUGACUAUGGCUUUACGAGUAUGUACGAUUUUCAGCCCUUUGAGUUCUUAUUGUGACAACUAUACUGCCCUGAUAUUAUAAGAUUUCUCUCGACCACUUAAAAAAUAGACACCCCUUGACCUCAUGGUAUAUUGGUUUCUAAAAUAAAUAUAGGUUAAUAUCUCUUUAUUUUGUUUAUUGUAGUUUAUAAAGUCGCUCUUACAUCGAAGUAUGUUAUUUGAAGUUAUAUUGUGGCGCGAAACAAUUAUAAAUCGUAGCUUUGACAUUAAAUUUUGACCUAGAGUACUUUUAACAUUAUUAGUUGUUGGAAUUGCUAAUCUGUGGUAAAGUGAUAAAAUAUCACAGUUGCUAGGAAAAACGUCCUGCAAAGCACUGUCUUAUGCAGGAUACUGACCUUCAGUUUGACCUGAACGGUCGAACUUUUCAGUUAAAACAACCAUGUGUAAGUAUAACUGAAAACUGCACAGUGCUCUCGAAUCUGACAAUCUAAUUUAAGAUAAAACUGUACAGGUAAAACUGAAGGUCUGCACUUACUGCACGAUUGUUACCAAUAUAACAUGACGUCAAGAAAAAUUGUAGUAUUUUAUAGGUGCAUACCUUACUUUGCGAAACUUCUAUGAUGUAAAUUUUUGCAAUCGUAUCUUUUUAGAGAUGCCAGCAACUUUAAAUACAUUUUUUUUUUAAUCAGUGUCUGUUAUCGCAGCGAAUUGCAAAAUUGUUAUUUAUUGUAAUCUAUAGUGCCUACGCGCAAAGCUGAAUAGAUAAAUACACCAUAGUAUGGGAGAGAGGUAAAAUUAAUGAGGAAUAUUAUUUAUAUAGAUCUAUCUAUGUUAAACUGUAUUUACGUCAUUAGUCAUCACUACAAGUAUUAAUUACAAGACUUCUACAAAAAAUACUUUUAUUUGUUUACAAUGAUAAAUAAUUUUUGGAUUAAUCAAUUUUGUAUGUAGCAAGCCAGUUUUAACUUUAACAAUUUUGUAAAGGGUAGGUGUAAAGUAUACUAUUUAUGUCACAAGGAUCAACACUAGUCAUUAACCUACAGUAUUACACGCACCAUAGAUAAUAAUGACAAUAAAAGUUUACGUCUUGCCAUAGACAUUAUAAUUCAUCAUACAACCAGCGUACAAGACAUUAUAAUUACGUAAUUAUGAAUGAUCCCACUUCUGAGCUAAUGAAUUAUUAAAUACUAGCGGACGCCCGCGACUUCGUCCGCGUAAAUUUCGAUGUCAACUUUACUACUACCCCUACCCUACCACUACCCCAACCCUACCCUACCCAACCCCUACAUCUACCAUACCCCUACCCUACCCUACCCUACCCCUACCCCCACCCUUCCCCUACCCUACCCCAAACCUAGCCCUACCCUACCCCUACCUUACCUACACCCUACCCCCAUCUUACCCCUACCCCCAUCCAACCCCUACCCCCAUCCUACCCCUACCCUCCCCGUACACUAUCCCUUUCCUACCCCUAUCCCACCCGUACCCCUAUCUCACGCCUAUCCUACCCCUACCCUACCACUUUCCUAUCCUACCCGUACCUCUACCCUACCGCUACCCCUACCCUACCAAUACCCUAAACCCGGCCCUAAACCUACCCUACCCCUACACUACCCCUACGCGUCCCUACCCGUAGCCUACCUUACCCUGUAACUUCUCUAUCUUACUCCUACCCUUAGCAAAAUCGGUCCAGUCUUUCGAGAGUGGUGGUAUGACCAAGAGAAAUAGAGACUUCUAUGCUAAUAAUAUAAAGAGGUAAAGUUCGUGUGGUUGUAGGAGGUAAUCUCUGGAUCUACUGGACCGAUUUGGAAAAUUGUUUAUUACGGAAAAUUCGUUAUUUGCGAGUGUCAUAGGCUAUGUUUGAUCCCCAUAUUCACACGGGAACGGGAACUACGUAAAUGAAAGCGCCGGGCGUCAUAUAGCGGAAUUUCUGCGUCUUUUAGAAAUUUUGUAUUAUCUCCGAAACUAUUUAAGUAAUUAACAUACUGUACAGGGCAAAUCUUAUCUCCAUAAUAUCCUUGUGAUUAUUAAAUAAUUUAUUUUAAUAAGGAUUAAAGUUUAGUUGUAUAAAUAAUGACGUAAACCUAAGUAUAUAAAAUUAAUAAUUUUUAAAACACAAAAGGUACUAUAUCUGCUAAUAUAUAGAAGAUAGAUAUAUGGCGUCGCGGACUUUUUUGUAGAACUUUUAAAGAUACAUAAAGUCUCCAUACAUUAAUUUCAAUUUUACACAAUGGUUAAGGCAGCGCAUGCGAAUAAGUCUGUUUAAAAGGUUUUUAGUCCGACCUGUAUGACAAAAACUGUGAUAACUCGGCUAAUAUAUAUGAUACCAAUAUAAAAUAUAGCCUAUAGCACUCCCCGAUAAUGUAGCAUUCUACUGGUGAAAGAAUUUUUAAAAUCGGACCAGUAGUUCCGAAGAUUACCCCAUUUAAAAAAUGUGACAAACUUACAAACUUACAAACUUUACCUCUUUAUAAUAUUAGUGUAGACAAGCAGUAUUUUUGUGUGGUUUGGAUAUGAUACAUAUCGGUUCAGUAUUCAAGCAUGCUUGUUUUAGGCACUUUAUGAAAGUUACGAUUUAUUUUAAAAGUUUUUAUUUGUGUGUAUUUUCUGUCAACCUCGGGGGUUUUUGAUAGAACAUUUAAGAACGCAAUUGAUGGGAAAUAAUGAUUAUGGCAAUACAGCGUAUUACGGAUUUAACUCUUCUAGCUUACCCAUAGUUUAUGGAAUCUUGCUUCAUUUGUGUUGUAGGCAACAGAAAAAGGGUCGGCCCACUUUGUUUUGCCUAGGAUUUUUGAGGUCAGAAUAAUUAAUGAAGAAUUGUUUCGGCACAUGUUUUGCCACUAGAAUAAAACCUAAUUAAGAGUACUUUAUUUACUAAAAAACUUGGGACAUGAAUGAGAAAAAGAAACUACUCGUAUGUAGGUAGUGGUGUCGAAGCGCGUUUUCGUAGAUAAUUUUUUUCAGAAGCUUUUUUUUUGAUGUGCCUAAGUAAUUAAAUUGUUUGUAAGCUUUGAAAUUUUCGACAAAGUGCGCCGACGCUUCGAUCUACAACAUAAUAUAUAGAUAUUUUCGCCGCACUGUAGGUACGGCGAUCGCAAACUUUUGAUAAUAAUAUUAAAUAUUAGUGAAACAGUGCCUGUUUACGGUAUAAACUUGUAUUACUAUAAAAAUAUUUGCCUUGAGGAGUAUUCAAUUUUUUUCACUACGGUCAUAAAUAAGUCAAGCCAUGGCUUCAAUCCUUUCUCCGUAUUUUGUGUUGAUAUCCCUUUUCGUCCUAGGACGCGUCAGCGAUAUAUCUCGUGUCGAAAAGAACAUAAUCACCAUCUAUUGCUAUUGGUCCACAAUAUGUUUCGUAGCCUAGGCUUACUGUUAAGAGCUUCAAUACUCCUUGAAGACCCCUGGUGACACAGCGAUAACAUAUUGGAGUAUGUAAUAAAACAUAAUCUCUAAGAAAUUAUUAUAACCUACUGUUCUCAAAAAUGAGUUUUGGUAAUUUGUAAGCGAUUGAAUGUCACUCCUCGUGGCAAAACUAUUAGAAUUUAAACAAUAUUGUCCAAUUUUUCACACUUUUUCAUAGAAGACUCUAUCGAUCACUCAUUGUAUAAACAACAUACGUAACAGUACCUUAGUACGUAUAGAGAAAUUGCUAUAUAUAUAAAAGUGAACAAAUUUAGGGUCUUUGUACAUGGCAACAUUUUUCUUUUACAGUUUUUUUUAUGUUGUGAAUACACUACAAUUAAUAUGAUUUAUAAAUUGAUGUAAUAUUUAUGACCUUCAGACUAAUAAAUUACUUUGAAACAAUAAAAACAAAAUAAUAUCCAGCUUAAUGUCUUGUUAAUAAUGAGCUGGUUGGAAAGGUGUGGUAGCACUUUUAGCUACUAUACAAAAAUUAAUACUUAUACUAAGAAAUGUUGACGGUCAUUUAUGAUGCUUAAUAUAAUUACGCCGUCGUUUUAAGCCAUGGUAAAAUCUAAUAGACGUCAGACAUUUAUGAGAUUCUAUGAUUAUGUGAAGCUUAAUCAAAUGCUUCAAAAAUCUUUUUGUAGCGAAUUAUCUAAAAACAAUCUAUUUAUUAAAACAGAUAGAUUAAAUUUACACAAUUCGAAGUAUAAGGCCAGUAGUCUUGUUCAAAGGCUCUAAAUAUUUUUUGUAUGGGACUUGUGGGGUGUUAAAUGGUUAGUUAUUUGUUUGUCUGUUGUUUACAAAAUUAUCUUUGUUUAUAUUGGGACUGAAAUCGGUUUUGAUGUUUUAUACUAAUAGGUAUAACUUGGAAUGCGCGAGUUUUAUUUUGAAAGGCGUUUAGUUCAAAGCAACGUUUUUACGUGUCAAAUAAUGUUAUAACAUUAUACCUAGUCAAAUAUACCAAAUGGAUUAUAUUAUUAUAUAUUUAAGUUAACUACUUUAGUUUUUAAGUAGAUAAAUUUGUAAUGUUGUCUUUACUUUGGUUUGUAUAACAGCAGGCACAUUAUUUUUUUGGUAUUUGACAGAUUGUAUGUUAAAAAUUUAAGCGUUUUAUAUAAAAAUAAAUAAAUUUACUACUAAAACAAAUAUCUGCCCUACCAAUUGCACCCUUAACCAAAACUCUAUCUAGGCCACUGCCAAUACAAGACUUUUGUGCUGCUGUUAUAAUAAACCUAUCUACAGAUUGUUUAUUUAAAUUUACCUUUAAAUUUUUCCUAUUAAAUUAAUGUAAAUAUAGUUUUACUAUUUUAAGUUUGUUGUGUAAAUAAUUUAUAAAUGUUGCCAUACAUGUUAAUUUAAAAAAAACUGCAUGCUUAUUUUUGUUGUGAAUAAAUAUACCUAAUUUAAUUAUUGUAAUGUGUUGUGUUGUGUAUAGUUUAUAAUCUGUGUAAAAUGUUAAUCAAUGGCUAUGUUCCACUUGGCGAUCAGAACGUUCAAACUCUUGCAGCUGUUCCACAUAAAGACCACAGUCCUUUUAGUCGAGGCGAAAACGACUGACUAUUUACUAAUAAAUAGUACUUAUCUACGAUAAACGACCGACUAAACCGACCUAAAUGUUCAUUAUUUAUUUAAAAAAAACUGUUAGUGUUUACUGUAACCUUUCAACAUUACAUUAUGUAAUUUUAAAUUCUACAAAAGCACCAUUAAUCAAAAGUUUAUGUAAUAAUAACUAAUAAUGUAUUUUUUUUUACCAAUGUUUAAUAUUGUUUUGCAUUAUAAUCUUUAUUAAGAAUUUCGUAUAGUUUACAUCAACGUUCAGCUCAUAAUCCAUUCCCAUUGAGUGUAUCAUUUUAACCGCAAGCAAGUGCAUCGGGAACAACUGCUGUUGUGAAAGUGAUCAUUAGGAUGCCCAAGUAGAAUGUAGUCAAUAUAUGUUGAGGACACUAUAUUGUUGUGUUCAAAGGUGUUACAUACUGGACUGUUGUUUAUUGUAUAAAAACUAUAUUGAUUAAUGAUUUGGAGCGUCAACCAAAUUGGGUUAUUUUUUUUUCAAGUAUACAUCAUAAUUACUUAUAAAUAUUAUGUAUCACUAAUUAAAAAACUCUGUUUUAAAAUGUAUUAUUGUGGAAUUCUAAUUUAAAUAUUUUGUUUUACAGAAUUUUUCAUUAUUUUUGGAAUGUAUAACAAAACUAAAUAUUAUGUAAAGUUUUUAGUCAUUAACCUGCAUAAAAAUCCAAUUCAAACAUCAAUACCUAUUGUAAAAGUGAGUCCUUUGUAUUUUCCAGACUUUUUAGACCUAGAAUUUUUGUCUAGUAACUCCUAAUAUUUCUUAAGAAAUUGUGUAUUGCAUUUUCAAUCAAAUACAUAUAUGAAAAAGACAAACCUAUAUCAAAAUAAUUUCAUGGAAAGCAUAGUUUUGACUGUGCAGUGAAUAAAAUUGUAUUGUGAAUGAGCCUUAAAGUUCUACCACAUCUCAUUGAUCUACAGCUAAUUAGAGAGAAAAGCAACAAAGAAAGAGUUAUACCAAAAAGAGACUAACAUUGAAAUGAAAUGCUCAAGUUCUUAUCAGUCAGGUUGGGAAGGUGUGAUGGGACUUUUAGUAUGAUUAUCACUGUCUGUAAGUUGUUGAAAGAGCUUCAAGUCUUUUCAUAUUUAGUUAAAUUGUUUGUAUAUUUAUUUCUACUUUUAAGAGACAACUAUAUCCAAUUUCUCUAACUCUAUUCCAGUAUCAAUUUGUACAAUAAAUUAUUAUUAAAAUUUGUUCUUCGA